AGCCAUUUGGAAGGAUGUAUAACGAUUUUUGUGAGAAUCAAUACAAUUGGUGCCAAAUGGGACCAUCAUUUAUCAGAAUGGCAUACCUUGUACUUAUCAUAAUGGAAUGGCUUUCUACUCACCUCCCGAUUCACUUUAUCAAGUGCCACAACAACAGGCAGCCUGCCCCAUGGUGUAUGGACAGCCAGUGUAUGUACCUCCACAGCAGUACCAGUAUCAGCCUACAAUGUCUCCACAGUGGGCAGCCAGUAAUCCGUGGCGGUUGACUCCUACAAGCUCCUCUGUGUCUGGCCAGUUCCUUUAUUCUGCUGUUCCAUCAGUGCCUACAGUUACAGCUGCAACAACCACUCCAGCCUCAUCAGAGGUGUAUCAUUAUCACGCCAUACCUCAAUAUACGCACACUCUAACCUCUCCAGCUAAACCUCCUGGGGUGCAGUUGUCUCCUUAUGGAGAGUAUGUGGACACCACUGUGUUGGAAAAUGGGUGUGAGUCCAGCACAUUUUAAUGUGAGUCAUAGUUAUAAAUUACUGGAUAAACUAUUUACAGGACCAAGUUCAGCUAAAACAUUCAACCUUUAAUACAUUUUAUAUUUUCAAGAAAAUAUUAGAAUAAAUCUAGAUGGAGCUAUUUCUCUUUGAACAAAACUUGGUAUUUUUUAUGUACAGUUCUCAAGAAACGGGUUUUGGAUCUUACAUGGGUCAUUCAGAAUUUGUGAUAAAUAAUUCAUGUUAAACUUGAAGUUUUUGAUUUCUUGAUAGUUAAAAAUACUCACUUAAUACACAAGAUCAUAUAUUUUGGUUUAUUGUUGUUCAUAUUCUUAGUAUUGUUAAGGAAGAAUCACUUUGUCAAUUGUAGGGAGUAAUCUCUGACUUGAAAGUUUUAACUUGUAUCAAUUGUAAAGCCUAAUCUCUGACUUGAAAGUUUUAACUUGUAUCAAUUGUAAGGCCUAAUCUCUGACUUACAUUCCAACUUGUAUCAAUUGUAAGGCCUAAUCCCUGACUUUGAAAGUUCCAACUUGUAUCAAUUGUAAGGCCUAAUCUCUGACUUGAAAGUUUUAACAUGUAUCAAUUGUAAGGCCUAAUUCCUGACUUUGAAAGUUCUAACUUGUAUAUUAUCUCAACUAUGAUAGUUAUAAGUCCAUAAACUCACAUUAUAGAUGUUUUAGAAAAGACAUGUUACUAUAUUUAUAUUUAAUUUUACAUUUAUUUACAUGUAAUCCUUUAGUUCUCCAUUAGAAAUAUGCCAAAUAACAAAUUAAGUGAUUAGUUAAGUUACCAGUGUCAGCCUCGAAUAGCUUGCUGUUCUGUCUGAUUGGAAUAUUCACACCUCCAGCUCCACAAUAAUGUAUUCAGGUUGUUUUAAAGCCUACAUUGGUAUGGACUAGUAUUGAUGUGGAUGGGUAGAUGGUGUAAUUUAUAUGUUUUUAUAUUACUUGAGUGUACUCAAUGUCUUGAAUUCUUAAAACCAAAUAAUCCACAAACUAUUUGAACUGCUUCACCAGUUAACACCCAGUUUUUACUUAUCUUUUUUUUAAAGAAUGAAAUUCUUAAAGGAUUAGUACAUUACCUCACUAGGACAACGAAUAGUUUAGAAGAGAGAUACGUGUAAUUCUACUUACACAGUUGUAAUUAGCAUUGCUUAAAUUAUAUUAUGUUAUUGAAUCAUUUUUUAGUUAAAGUAAUUUGACCAAAAAUGUUAGAAAUGUUUAUUUUUAUCUGUCUAUUUCCACAGAAUAUCUAAACAGUACUGUUUAUCAUCUGUUAAGUGUGUCCAGUUGCUGAUCUAAAUAGUAUCGUUUAUCAUUCAUUAAUUGUGACCAAUUUUUUACAUAAAUAAUGCUGAUUAGUAAUUAGUCAGAUUUAUCAAAUGAAAAUCUAAAUGAUGCUGGUUAACAUCAGUUAAUUGUAACCUAUUACUAGUCUAGAUAGUGCUGAUUAUCAACUGUUAAUUGUAACCUAUUACUAGUCUAGAUAGUGAUGAUUAUCAACUGUUAAUUGUAACCUAUUACUAGUCUAGAUAGUGAUGAUUAUCAA